AUUCAUGCAGAGCUUCGAAUCCAUCACAGACCAAGCCUACUUCUUUCCAACAAAGUAAUUAACCAGCAUUUGCCCGUCUCCAACAGUCCCUUGGGAUAGUUUUCUUGAUUAUUUCCCAUAUCACUGUAAUCCCGAAGCGUUAGUCAUAUUUGAUUGUAUGCAUUUUCUUUAGCUGUAUACGCUUGAACCACCAUUCACAUUUCGUCAACCUUUUAGCAGAUCACGUUCGAGAAUUAGUUUGAUCGAUCAUGGAUCGCGUGGCCAAACUGGCAUCACAAAAGGCGGUGGUGAUCUUCAGCAAGAGCUCGUGUUGCAUGUGCCAUGCAAUCAAGAGAUUGUUCUACGAGCAAGGGGUUAGCCCAGCAAUCUACGAGCUGGAUGAAGAUGCCAGAGGCAGGGAAAUGGAGUGGGCUCUAAUGAGGCUAGGCUGCAACCCACCGGUUCCGGCAGUGUUCAUUGGGGGAAAAUUUGUUGGCUCUGCCAACACCAUCAUGACCCUCCAGCUCAAUGGUUCCUUGAAGAACUUGCUCAAAAAUGCAGGAGCCAUAUGGCUUUGAUUAGACCGGAUGUUGCUUCUGAUUUCUAAGUGAAAAAUAACUCUGUAUUUUCCUUUAUAUUAGCAUACCUAGCCGGCUAGACCUUGUACCGACAAUAAUCUAUAGAGUUUAAUGUAUCAUAUAAUAUAUAUACUUGUCAUGCUUUGAAACUUUUA